AAUCCAUCAGAGGAUCUACCAAAUCAGUUUAACCAUGAGAAAAGCAGAGGUGCAAAUGACCCUGAAAAAGGGGGCAGAUGAAGCAGUGGCACCCCCAAGCCCCAUCAUCCCCCCAAAACGGUCCAAAGCAAGCCCAGAGCACGCUCUCCUAGAACCCCGAGGACCUGGUUAUCCUUCCCCAACUCCACCUGUUUUUUUACGCAAAAUGAGGAACGCCGCCGUAGGGACAGGCUGUGACAUCCGUCUCAAGGUGACUGUGGCUGGGGACCCCCAGCCCUCCCUGUACUGGUACCAUAAUGAUGACCUCCUCAACAUGGAGAACCAGGAGUAUGGAGGGCUCUGGAUUAGGGACUGCAAACCAAGUGAUGCUGGCCUCUACACCUGCAUUGCCAAUAAUCACCUGGGAGAGGCUCGGAGCAGCGCUGUACUUGCUGUCUUGGAUCUGGGUGAAGAUUCCGAAACAACAGAGGAUGAAGGUGGAGACCAAUUUGAGACCAAAGAAGACAGUGGGGAUGUUGAGGACCAGGCUGUGCAUACAGAUGCAGUGAUGGAGAAAUAUGCAGAAGACGAUAAUAGAACACAUGGACAUAAGGAUCACUCAAACGCAACCAGGAGUCAUUCGGAGGAUUUUUCAAGAGAAUCUCCACCACAAGUCCUCCCACUCCCAUCCCCAAGACUCAUCAAACGCCCGUCCACAUCCCCAAUGCCAAGUCGCUCUGGUUCAACCACACCUCUCAGCUUGCGGAAGAAAGUUGUUGCGCCAACUGAAUACCAAGACACAGUCCCCGGGGAGUUUGAAGAAAAGGUUAAGCAACCAAAAUCCAUGUCCCAAAGUAACACCCAGGACUCCCGUCCGCAGACUCCACUGAGUGAGUACUCCCGGAAAGAAGUUACCCAUAGACCAUCCCCAAAGCUUACCAGGGCAAGCUCAAAGGUUUUUGAGAAGGUCCGUGAUUUAGAAGAGCGAAGACGAAGCCUUGAUAUUCCAGAAGGAUCCAUCUCGGGAAGAUCCUGGGCAGGGUUCAAUCAUGCUGGAUCUGUUGAUUCAGAUGAUGGAGGAAGCCGGUUGGGCAUCUCUAGAGAAAGUUCAAGGGAAGAUCUUAGGGAGGCUUUGAAAGAGGAUGCUGCUGAGCGGAGAUCUAUGUUUAGACAGAGAGCUGCUUCACUGGAGGAGAAACCUCGCUACUCCCAAAAAGUUCAGGACAUUGAGAACAAGUUCACGGAGGAGCUCCAGCGUAUUAAGAAACUUGUUGGAAAACCUCAUAUGAAGAAAUCGUUUUCAACUGAACAGCUCACCCUGAAGGGCAAGCAGCGCCAGCCUUUCAGGAAAAUUGAACCUAUUCCUCCCCAAGUCCUCCAAAAGCUUCAAGAAAGGGAACGAACCCAGUGGGCAAAGGAACAGAGAGAAAAUUAUUUAAGUCAGCAACCAAUGCAGCAACAACAGCAAACGCAGCAAGUACAGCAUAAAUACCAACCUCAGAAGACAGCAAGCACUGGUAGAUCAACUGUAACAGUCAGUAGAUUUGGAGAGGUUGCAGGCACCCCAGAGUCAAUGCAGUUAUCUGACUUACCUGGACAACGAUCAUUGAGAGAAUUAAGUAGAGUGAGUCCUGUUACAGAAAUCAUUCAGAGAUCAUCAUCACCAGCAUUAUAUCAUCAACAAAGGGAAGAGUUGCCAAACAGAAAUGUUGCUGAGAUGACGAUACGCAAGGUUGAACGAAGGCCACCAAGUCCGCUUGUACAAAGGGUAUCUCGGAUGCAGGAAUCCCCGCACAUCCAAGAAUCUGUUGUACAAUCAUCACAAAAGGAUGAAACUUCGGGGAGAAAGACACCAAUAGAAGUACUAUUAAGAAAAAUUGAAAACAGACCUGAAAGUCCGCUGGUACAAAAAAGGGCUGUGCAAGAUCUUCCUGCUCAACCUCAUCCAAAACCUCCAAGGAUGUCACCUGUCACUCCAGUGGAGGAGAAAAUGCAAAUUGAGCUAUCCAAACCAAUGUCUAAGAUAAGAGUCCCUACAAUUAUUGUUGAAGAUGAAAAGAUGGAAGAAGAUGUUGCAGGGAAGACAGAUGAGCUGCAUCAUCCAGCUACUACUAGUGCCAAAGAGGGACAACAGCAGAAGACCAAAGGAAAAAGCCGUCGCCCUCGACCCAUGUCUCCAGAGUUAGAUUCUUCAGACGAUUCUUACGUGUCUGCUGGAGAAGACCCAAUGGAGGCCCCUGUAUUUGAGUUUCCCCUCCAGGACACUGUAGUAUCUGCUGGUGCCGAUGUGCUACUUAAAUGUAUCAUUGCCGGAACCCCCAUUCCUGAAGUUACCUGGACAAAAGACAACACUGACGUCACUGACAUUGCAAAUUACACAGUCAAGGUAGAGGGUGAACGGCACAGUAUGCUCAUCAAAUCAGCUAAAACAAAUGAUGGUGGAAAAUACUGUGUAACUGCUGUUAAUCAGGUGGGAAAAUCCGCCAGCAGUGCCAUCCUUAUAGUUAAAGCAGAGUCUGUACAGGAGCCUAAAGGAAACCUGGGCGUGCCCGUGGAUAUCAGCAGCCCUAUUACAUCUGAUGAGGAAUAUCUCAGUCCCCUGGAGGAAGGCAUGGAUUUUGGAGGGCCAGAGCCAAGGCGAACUAUUGACACACGAUUCAGGAAACCCCCAGCAUUCCUGGUAACAAUGAGUGAUCAAGCUGUCAUUGAAGGACAGGAAGUCACCAUGUCUGUCCGAAUAAGUGGACAACCCAAACCCAUGCUCUAUUGGCUGAGGGACAGAGUCACAGUAAAGACAAGCCCACGUCACAUUGUACGUGAGACAGAAGAUGGCACUUUUGAAAUGACAAUCAAAUCGGCAUUGAGGUCAGACUCUGGGAUUUACACCUGUAAAAUCAUUAAUGAAUAUGGAACAAAGCAGUGCGAAGGAAAGCUGGAGGUAAAAGCUCUACCAGUUGAGCCAGGUCUAGCUGUCAUCCGCCCGGUCAAGGACAUCACGGCCAAGGCUGGAGAGACAGUUUUGUUUGAGUGUCAUGUCAUUGGACCGAAAGACACCGAUGUGGAUUGGCUGGCCGAUGGCAAACUGAUCCAGCCGGCAUUGCUCAACUGUAAGAUGCACUUUGAUGGAAGAAAGUGUCGACUGCUGCUCAACUCAGUACAUGAGGAUGACAGCGGGACAUACAUGUGCAAGCUUAGCACAGCCAAAGAGGAAGUGACCUCAUGUGGACAACUCAAAGUCAUCCCCUCCAUUGAACCUCUCUUCACUCGCAAGUUGGACGUUCUGGAAGUGAUCGAGGGGCGUAACGCUCGAUUCGACUGCAAAGUCAGUGGGACACCAUCUGCUAAGGUCACAUGGAGUCACUUUGACCAUCCGCUCACAGAAAGUGAGGACAUUCGUAUUCUUCAGGAGGGCGGCCGCCACUCUCUAAUCAUUUCUCACGUGACCAAUGAGGAUGAAGGUUUCUACACUGUCAUAGCCCAUAACAGUCAUGGCGAGGCGGAGAGCUCUGCUGAACUUUACAUACAAGAACCGCGGCCAGCCAUUUCCUCACAGAUGGCUAAACUAGAGAAGAUGCCAUCCAUCCCAGAGGAGCCAGAGGUCCCAGAGAAUGAGGUGGAGCGUUUCACCAUGCCUGACUUCAUCAAACCCCUUUAUGACCUGGAUGUGAUUGAGGGAAAGGAGGCUGUGCUCAAAUGCAAAGUGGCUGGUUUGCCAUACCCCACCAUUGUCUGGUUCCACAACGGCAAAAGGAUUGAGAGCACCGAAGACAGAAAGAUGACACAGUUUCAUGAUGUCCACAGCCUGGUCAUCCGCUCUGUGUGCCAUGUCCACGGUGGUGUCUACAAGAGUGUCAUCUCCAACAAAGUAGGCAAGGCCACCUGCUAUGCUCAUCUCUAUGUUACAGAUAUCCUCCCUGACCCCCCUGAUGGGACUCCAGUGAUAGAAUCUAUCACUGGUAAAGCCAUCACCUUAAGCUGGAAGAAACCAAGGAGGCUUGACCCUUCAAUUGAUCCUAGCUCCCUGAUGUACGCCAUUCAACAACAAGCCCUGGGCUCCAUCCAAUGGAUCAUCAUAGCUUCUGGCCUGAAGGAAACCACCUACAUCAUCACCACCCUCUCCAAAGGCGUUCGCUAUGCUUUCAGGGUCCUGACCAUCACCUCUAAAGCUUUCAGCAAACCCUCGCCUGCCACUGACCCUGUGCAGCUCCUGGACCGAGGUCCCUAUCUUCAGGAGGCUCCAGUGAUUAUUGAUAAGCCAGAAAUUGUAUAUGUGAUGGAAAACCAGUCAAUCAUCAUCACUGUUACUCUCAAUUAUGUCAACGCUGCAGUCAUCUGGAAGAGAAGGGGAAUGGUCCUGGCCAGCAAGCCAGGCCUUUACGAGAUGACAAUGUUAGAUGACGACCAGCACGCGCUGAAGCUGCUGAAAGUGAAGACUGCUGACGUUGGAGAGAUGAUGUUUGUGGCCUCCAACAAGUACGGCAGCGACAGCUGUACCUUCAAUGUAGAGAUGGCAGCUCCACCGACAUUUGAAACUAUCAUGGAGGACUUGGAUGUUUGUGCUGGAGAGACCCCUCGCUUUGCUGUGGUUGUGGAAGGAAAACCUAUUCCUGACAUUCUCUGGUUCAAGAAUGACAUCCUGCUGUCCGAGAGCAGUCAUUACACAUUUGUGUACGAUGACAAUGAAUGUUCCCUGGUGGUUCUAAACGCUUGUACAGAAGACUCCGGGGUGUACACCUGCACUGCCAGGAACUUGGCAGGAUCUGUGUCUUGUAAAGCAGAACUCACUGUUCAUGAAGCUAAAAGUAAAGAGGACCCAGUGGAUGAUGAGGAAACUAUUCUAAGGAAAAUGCGCAGGCUGGCAGACUAUUAUGACAUCCAUAAGGAAAUUGGAAGAGGCGCAUUUUCCUAUGUGAAACGUGUGACCCAGAAGGUAGGCAAAAAGGAGUAUGCUGCAAAGUUUAUCUCCACACGGGCCAAGAAGAAGGCAUCUGCUCUGAGAGAGAUGAACCUGCUUUCUAAGAUGGACCACGAGAGAGUCCUUUACUUUCAUGAUGCCUUUGAGAAAAAGAGUGCAGUCAUCAUCAUCACUGAAAUAUGCCAUGAAGAGCUGCUUGACCGAUUUACAAGAAAAUCUACAGUAAUGGAGUCUGAUGUACGGUCAUGUAUAAGACAACUGCUUGAGGGGGUGGACUACCUUCAUCAUCUAAACAUCAUACACCUGGACAUCAAGCCUGAUAACAUCCUCUUGGCAGACCCCCACGGUGAUCAGAUCCGAAUCUGCGACUUCGGCAAUGCAGUGGAGAUCACGCCUGAUGAGGCUCAAUACUGCAAAUAUGGCACACCGGAAUUUGUUGCACCAGAAAUUGUCAAUCAGACCCCUGUGUCAAAGGCAACAGACAUCUGGCCAGUUGGAGUUAUUGCAUAUUUGUGUCUGACAGGAGUUUCUCCAUUUGCUGGUGAGAAUGACCGCCGUUCUGUGCUGAACAUCAGGAACUAUAAUGUCGCCUUUGAGGAGAGCAUGUUUGCUGACCUUUGCCGGGAGGCUAAAGGGUUUAUCAUAAAACUGCUGGUAGCAGACAGGCUGAGACCUGAUACUAAAGAAUGUCUCCGACACCCCUGGUUCAAGACACUUAGCAAAGGGAAGGCCCUUAAUACAGAGGCCCUCAAAAAGUUUGUAUCUCGCAGAACAUGGCAGCGUUCACUAAUCAACUAUAAAUCAAAAAUGGUUAUGAGGUCCGUACCUGAGUUGCUGAAUGACUCCUCAAGCCAUAUCUCCAUCGCAGUUCCCAGGCACCUUAAAGAGGGUUCCCCUUUGCCAUCAUCAUCCUCAGAUUCUGAUGAAGAUAUUGAUGAACUUCCAUUUAUUCCAAUGCCACUUAAUAUGGAAUUCUCUGGAUCAAGGAUGUCACUGAAUGACAUCCAGACCAAUGAGCAGGAAACAGGAAAGCAGAAUGGAACAAGUAAAUGGUCUGGGUCCCCUGUUCAAGCACAGGAGGCAAUAGAGUGUGACCAUAAAGAAAUGGAUAAAGUAGGGGUUGAAAUCUCAGGUAAAGGCCGUCAGCGGAAAAGGUCAUCACAAGACAAUGACACGGGUUCCUCAGAUGAAGAACUACCUACUGAAUUGCCACAAAAGUCAGAGCUGUCUAGAAAACCACUGCGAAGGGUAUCAAGCAUGGAGUCAGAAAAACCAGAGGGUGGACGACGAAGAGGAGAGCUCAGACGUGGAGGCUCAGCCGACAGUGCAUUGCUCCUCCGGAUUACAACUGAGGAAGGAGCUGGAGAAGGAAAUCAAGAAGAUGGCAGGAGAGUUCUGAAGAAAGCUGUCUCUAUGGAACUACCAAGGAGGAGUACCAGCCCAGGAAAUGCCAAGAUGAGUCAAGAAGACUAUGCUCUCAAACUGGAGCUGAUGAGACAGCGAUUGCUUCGUGGUGGCUCUGUGGACAACAAAAUGAGUGGACUGAGAGGACCAUUGCUGGAAACGUUAGGCAUGGGAGAUGAAAAACAUACACUAUCCUCAGAUCGCUACUCUCGUACUGCUCGUUUGGGCCCACCACCACUAACUAAAGCUGCAUCCACUGAUUCCCCGAAGGAGGAAGUUCCCAAACCCAAGGUUUUGCGCAAAAGUUCUUCUUUCAGUCAAGGUGACUCAGAACCCAUAGCUUUACACCGUCGGUCUGGAGCUCCUCUGGAGAUUCCCCUUGCACAGGUAGAAGAGAGAAGGCUGAAGGAAGCUAUAUCUAUGUCAGCUUUGACCGAGCAAAUCAAGCUAGACUCCUGUCCAGUGACUCCCAGGGAACCUUCACCAAAACCACCAACUCCAGAGUCUGUUGUGCAGGAGAGUCCUACCAAAACAGAAAGUGAGGAAUCAUUAACGGAGAAAGAGAUAAAGCCCGAUGAGACAAUAAAUGAAAAGAUGGAUGGGUUGACUACAGAUAGUAAUUUUGAUGAGAGAUCGAGCACAAGUGGUUUCUCAGAGAAGGACAUGAGUAUAUCAGAAGAGCCAAUGAUUGAAUCAGAGUAUACGGGCCAGAGAAUUCCUACACCUCCUCUUGUGGUCCCAAGCUCUAAACCAGAGGAGAAAAUGGAAAAGGAAGAAAUAGAUAAAGAGCAAGAAGAAAAAGAAGAGAUUAUGAAAGAAAAAGAAGAAAGAAUUGCCAGUGUUUCUGAAUCAAAUGCUGAAGAAAAUGUAGAAGUUAUUAAAGAAAAUGUGGAAGAGGUAGAAGUAAAUAUGCUUGCUAAAUCUUCUGAGAUGAUCAUUACCACAAAUUCAGUAAUGGUGAGACCAACACAAGAGUAUUCCAAUCAUCUAGCAAAUGUGUCAACUGUAACACCCUCCCUUCCUGAUCGAGUUGUUCUUCCAGAUGGAAGGACUUCAGCAUAUGCCAGUAUUAUGCAGACAAUCAUGGUCCCUUCCCUUCAGCCUCUAAAUGACUCACCUUUAGGACCCUCUACACCUGUUGUUGUUCCAGCCACCCCAUUGUCCUCAGCAUCAACUGAAACAUUUGUACCUACAUUUUCACCUGCCAACAUAUCAUCUGCUUUACCAGGUCUGCCAAAGCCAGCCAUCAUGUUAACCACUGAGCACCCUGCUGUAUACUCAAGGGUAGCCUCACCAGAAAUGAUCACAAAAGAACCCAGUCCACCAAAGACUACCACACAUUCCUCAUCCCAAAAAGAGCUUUCAGGAGGAGUGGACUUAGAAGACAUUACCUCUGAAGAAGUCUUUGAGGCACGCUUUAAAAAACGUGAGUCUUCUCUCUCAAGAAGUCUAAAAUUUUUGACCCGAACCAAGAAUGAUGACAAAUUACAAGCAACGUCCUCAGACUCCACAGAGUCAGGUGAAGAGAUAUACAGACCUGGGCCAACUGGUGCACCAUUGGAAUUAGCUCCAAGGAGACUUGAAGAGAAGUCGAAGUCAGUCCUGGACCUUCGUGAAGCUCAAAAGGACCAAGGCUUUAUGAGAAGACUCUCAAUGCGCCUGAAGAGAACUCCAUCAACUGAGCGCAAGGAUGAAAUGACCAAAGAGGAGGACUCAGUUUCUUCAAGACGAAGGCUUUCUUGGACUCUUGGUCGACGAGGAUCACAGGAAAAGAGGGAAGUGGAGAUGAUGCGCAUGGAUGGUGGUGGUAACACCUUGGUGGAGCGAGAUGAAAAGGAGCUUAAGAAACCUAAUGAAUCACCAGUCUUGACAAUGCGAAGGAAGAUUGAAUCAACAGUGGCUGGGAUCUCCACCAGAAUUCGUAGCUACUCAGAGGAAAGGAGAGCAUCAGCGGAAAAGGAGCAAAAGAGGACACCCAUUCUUUCCAUACUUCGUCGUUCAACAUCAGAGAGUCGUGCUAUGAAGGUUGCUAGUGUUCCUCAGAACCAACUGGUAUCUCAGGCCAGUAAUGGUGCCUCAUCAGAGUCCCUAGACUCUAUGUCCAGCCUAAAGUCAGAAACAUCAAAGGGUGUGGAGGUUGAGCGCAGAUCCCGCUGGGAUAGAUGGGGGCUGAACAGAGGAAGGCGAGACAAGACAGUAUCACAGCCUGACAUACCAACAGCAAUCUCCAGAGAAAAUAGUUCCUUACGUUCACGCCAGUACUCCAGACUGGCUUCUGAUUUUCCUCCAGUAUUCCACAUCAAGCUGAGAGAUCAUGUCCUGCUGGAGGGGGAUCCAGUCACACUUAGCUGUCUGCCAGCAGGCAGCCCCCACCCACACAUCACCUGGAUGAAAGAUAAGAAACCCCUGGAAAUUGAUGCCAGGAUGAACAUGAUUGCCUGCCCUGAUGGUCGGCAGCUACUGAUGAUCAUGCAGACAACCAAAAAGGAUGUAGGGGUUUAUGAGUGUGUGGCUACAAACCCCUUGGCCUCUGUGUCCAGCUCUUGCACGAUAUCUCUUGCUCGCCUGCCCAAUCGUCCUGGGACCCCUGAGAUUCCUCAGAAGUACAACAACACCGCCUUGGUACUGUGGAGGCCCUCAGACACCCUGGCCCCCUGCACAUACUCUCUGCAGAGGAGAGCAGAGGGUGAAAGCAACUGGCUGAUGGUGGCGACAGGGGUGGCAGACUGUUACUACAAUGUGGCUGACCUGCCAGCAGGGUGCUCUUUCAGGUUCAGAGUGGCAUGUGUCAACAAAGCUGGCCAGGGCCCGUACAGCAACCUCUCAGAAGUAGUGAGCCUGGAGGCUUCAGAACCAGCUAAGUCCAGUGCUACUGUGGUGGUCAAGACUGUCCCUGCGACUACUCCUCCUCCCCCUGUGGUGAUGAUGUCAUCCAUGAAAGUUCCUCCCAUUAAAUCAGCUCCUAGUAAAUCCACUCCAGUGACACUUGCCCAACCUGUCCCUCCCUCUCCUUCAGCUCCCACUCCGUCUGUGGCUAAAUCAACUUCUCCAGUAGCCAUCAAACCUACUGUUCAGGUUGAUGCUAGCUGUCUUGCUGUAACUCCCCCGGUUAGUGCAGCCCCAUCUGAACAAGCUUCUGUUCAGACCACCACAAGUGUCCAAGCCACGCCAGCAAAAGCCAAGACCACCCUUAGCAUCAGUGUGAUCAAACCCCAAACCAAGCUGGCGCCUCCUCCUGCUGUUCCACCCAAACCUCAGAGUCCUGUAAAAGCAGCCACCCACAUAACCAACAAACCCAAGUCUCCUGUACCGCCACCUGCACCUGUCAUUGGGAAACCCAUUUCAUCCCUGCCAAUGUACGUGCCAGCUGCGACUGCACAUGCUACUCCUCCUUUCCAACCAACCCCGAUAACCACCACCCCCUCAAUCACUCCUGUGCAUGUCUCACCACCCGUGGUGGUGGUGCAGAGCUUGACACCUGUGCUGCAGGGAGGGGACAGCCGGAUUACCCCAUCUGGACGGGUCACACCAUCAGGACGGGUCACACCCUCAGGACGGGUCACACCCUCAGGACGCAGGACACCGCUGGGUAAGCCUGGUGAGGGAUCUCUGCGCCAGGGAGUUCCACAGAAACCUUACACCUUCAUGGAUGAGAAAGCAAGGGGUCGUUUUGGUGUGAUCCGUGAGUGCCGGGAGAACGCCACAGGCAACCUCUUUUUGGCCAAGAUUGUUCCAUAUGAGGUGGAAAGCAAGCAGGCAGUAUUGCAGGAAUAUGACAUCCUUAAGUCCCUUCAUCAUGACAGGAUCAUGGCUCUGCAUGAAGCUUAUGUCACACCACGCUACCUGGUGCUUAUCUCUGAGUACUGCAGUGGAAAGGAGCUGCUCUACAGCCUCAUUGACAGGUUCCGUUACUCCGAGGAUGACGUGGUGACCUAUAUUGUGCAGAUCCUCCAGGGUCUGGACUACCUCCAUACCCGACGCAUUCUCCACCUUGACAUGAAGCCAGAGAACAUCAUUGUCACCUACAUGAAUGUCAUCAAGAUCAUAGACUUUGGCACUGCUCAAACUUACAACCCUCUCUUCCUCAAGCAGUUCAGUCCUCCUAUUGGAACACUGGAGUACAUGUCUCCAGAGAUGUUGAAAGGGGAUGUGGUGGGACCCCCAGCUGACAUCUGGAGUGUGGGUGUAUUGACUUUUGUCAUGUUGAGUGGCAGGUCGCCUUUCAUGGAAAAUGAUCCUCAGGAGACUGAAGCCAGGAUCCAGGUGGCAAAGUUUGACCUCUCGAAACUCUACCAGAAUGUGUCCCAAAGUGCCUCUCUGUUUCUCAAAAAGAUCCUCUGUAGCUAUCCUUGGGCCCGUCCAUCCAUUAAAGAGUGCUUCAAUAACUCCUGGCUUCAAGAUGCCUAUCUGAUGCGCCUUCGUAGGCAGACUCUCACCUUUACAACCACCCAUCUCAAGGAAUUCUUGGCCGACCAGCAGCGCAGGCGAGAGGAGGUGGCCACUAAGCACAAAGUUCUCCUGCGUUCCUACAAGAGCUCGACACAAAACCCCACCAGCCCCACCAUGCCAAAUGUGCCAACCUCACCCAGCACACCCGUCCCCCAUUGAAAAAUUCUUCCAAAAAACAGUUGGUGGGACUGUAUGUGGGAAGAUCCUCAGAGUGAGACAAGACUUUGGGCCGCGUGGUGGGGUGGUCCCUUCAGGUCUGAGAGGUUGAACUUGGUCAGAAGAAAAAAACUCAUGAAACUAGCAGUGGCUGUAAUCUACAGAGACAUCAUUUCUUUUUCUUUUUUGGUUCUUAAAGAGAAUCUAAAAUUAUGAUUUUGCGCCUAAGGAACUCCUACAAAGUUAUCAGGGCCUAACUGCAUUUUUUACAGUGUGGAUUGUUCAUACAAGGCAGGAUGGUGUCUUCAAAUUAGUACCUCAAUGUUUGUAACUUUGCAUACAUUUUGGAGAAAUUACUUCUAUUCUUAGGGUCAACUCUACACUGAUUACAGUGGACACAUAUUAAUACAUUGUAGUAACCCACCAUGAAAGGCCUGAAAUUGCUAUUAUAAAGUUUUGAUAUUAAAAACAUUGUUCAGUUGAAGUACAAGUCGUUCACAAGGUUCCAAAAUAAUAAAUACUCCAAAACUAGGACUGCUAAAACAAUAAUGCCUUUUCCUUAGUAAAACCUCUACUAUCUCAGCUUAUCAUGGUCUCAUAUUCAAAUGUUUCCUGACCAGCCAAAUCACGGCAAGUUCAGUCUAUGAUGUCUAACUUUCAACCUACGAUGCAAAAUAGUGAUCUCCAUUAACGUAAUCUAUUACUUUAAUUACAGCAGUAUAAUUUGUGCUACCUGAGCUUUUAUACUGCCAUAGCACCUCAAAUGAUUGUCAAGAUUGUAGCAGCUCCUUAACUAACUUCAAUAGUUUUAUUUGGAGUUUAUAAAACAUAUAUUUAGUUUAGACGAUACAUUGGAGGGUUCUCUACAAGGGCUAUCAGAAAAGAAAACCUUUUUAAUCAGCAGAAAUUUCUUACCUAAUUUUAUUAAAGAGGAUAGUUUUGAUUCUCUUAUUCUCAAAAGCAGAAAAAUUAUGUUUUUUAAAAUUUGUUAUUAGAUCAUCAACUUUGCUCUAAUUGAUGAUAUGGACUGCAUAACUGACUCCAUGCAGUACAGGCACUGUGUUGGUGCUUGGCAGACGCUAGUUCCUUCACCACAGAUAAGCUAACAAACACCUCAUUGGCUUCCAAUUUAACAAAACUCUUCCACUCAGCCCAGUGUCAAGGAUCCCGUUUGAUUAGCCAUACGCUCGUCUCUUGAGUUUACUAAAAGGAGGUUUACAAGUUUGCUGAGUCAGUUAGUCAGUUUAUACUUCGACUGCGCAUACAGAACUUUGACUGAGAUACAAGACCCUCAUUGAAUAUAGAUUAUUUGGAGGAUUAGUGGUACACCUAAUAACUUUAAAACCCACUGGUGAUAUUUGGGUGCCUUUAAGUGCCCUUAAAGAGUUAGCAUUACUCAGCAUAAAAAUAGCCUUUACAAUUAAUUGAGAAAGGAUGUUGAUUAAGACAUUGCUGAGUGUAUUAGUUCUUAUUUUAACUAUAAUUUUCAACUGUUAACAGCUCAGCUACUGCUUUUUUUGUUUUUUUUAAAUUACAGUUUUUAAAAUGGCAAAAGAUUUUUAUAAAUGAAGUAAGGUAAGAUUUAAAUUGGUUAUAAUUAGCAUUAAAUUUUACAUAAUGAUUAUUGAUUUAUUCCGUUAAUUAAGUAGCAUACACCUUUUUAUUUUCCAGUUCAUAUAAGUUUAUAGAGCACUGUAAACAGUGAGCAAAAGAUAAAUUCAAUACAUAGGCAACAUAAUAGCCCCUGUAGACUGUAAAGAAUAUUGAAUCAGAAAUCUGAGACAAUCCACAUAUCUCUAAAAUAAAUAAAUACAUUUGUAAAUAAGAAAUACCUCCUCUUACUCCACACACUAUAUAUAUGAGAUAUAUUGAGAUAUGUACCUCUUCAUAAAUAAGUAGAAUGACAUGAAUAAAAGCCAAGUCUUUGUUCAUCAUCAAGAGAGUGUAAAUAAAUUUUCAAGCCAUUUCAAAAUAGAUAAAUCAUAAAUUUAAUCAAUUUUUUUCACUCAGUUGGGCACAUACUGACAUUUGUUCCUUUGGGUAGAAUGAAAGUGGAAUAUGAUUCAGUGGCCUAUUGGUGUUUAAAAAUUAUAUGUUCUCGAUUUAGUCAUGUGAAAAAGAUUUUCUGAAAUGAGUAAACAACUGACUGUAGUUGGUUCAAAUCAUUGUCUGUUUCCAAAUAUACUGUCAAUCUCAUCUCUGAGAAAAGAUCUGCAGUAUUAUGAACUUUUGCUCAAGUAUGCUUCAUUCUAAGUAUUAGUUUUGGAAGUCUAUCCUCAGGCAUAUUUAAGAAUCUAUUCCAGUACAUUGGCUUUGAGAUUAUAUUGUUUAUACAUCAGUGAUACACUGAUCCUUUGUUUUAUCCUCAUUAUUUUAUGGUAAAUAAAUGGCUAUGUUGUA